AACCGAAGAAAAAGACAGGGUCAGAAACUUGAGUAGAGUGAGAGAACUAGCAGUACAAGCUUAAACCUCAAAUCUGGAUCCAUCAUCUCUUUCGCAUGUAAUCUUAAAAAUUUACAGUAAAACCCUAACAAUGGCAAAACUCUCAUUCUUCUGUUUCAUCAUUUUCUCUCUCUUCAUCUCAUUCUCAACCGCCUUUAAUCCAGAGAAGCCAACCGAUCGACGGAUCCUUGUCAUUUUGGACGACGCAUCUCUCAAAUCUUCUCACUCCAUUUUCUUCAAUUCUCUAAAAUCUCGUGGUUAUGACCUUGAUUUCAAGCUUUCCGACGAUCGCAAAAUCGCUCUUCAACGAUAUGGAAACUACUUGUACGAUGGCCUCGUUCUAUUCUCUCCUUCCGUUGACAGUAUUGGAGAGGGAUCGUUGAAGUUGAAUGAUGUGUUGGAAUUUGUUGAUUCUGGUCAUGAUUUGAUUGUUGCUGCUAAUGCUAAUGCGUCUGAUUUCAUCCGUAAUGUUGCUUCUGAGUGUGGAGUCGAUUUCGAGGAUGAUACAUCAGCUAUGGUUAUAGAUCACACCAGCUAUUCUGUAUCUGAAAUUGAAGGGGAUCAUACAUUGAUUGCUAGUGAUCAUUUCAUCAAAUCCGAUGUGAUUCUUGGGGAGGAGAAAAUACAGGCUCCUCUGCUUUUCAGAGGAAUCGCACAUUCAGUAAAUGCUGCUAGCAGUCUGGUAUUGAAGGUUCUCUCAGCUUCUCCAGCAGCAUAUUCUGCUAACCCAAGUUCCAAGCUGUCAAGUCCUCCAGCCUUGACUGGGACUUCCAUCUCUCUGGUUUCUGUAGUCCAGGCUAGAAACAAUGCUCGAGUUCUGAUUUCUGGCUCUUUAGAUAUGUUUAGUGACCGAUUUCUCAGAUCUAGUGUCCAAAAAGCUGGGACCUCACAUACGUACGAAAAAUCUGGUAAUGAGCAAUUUUUGGCGGAGAUAAGUAAAUGGAUAUUCCAUGAGAGGGGUCAUUUAAAGGCCGUCAACGUCAGACAUCAUAAAGUUGGAGAAACAAAUGAACCUUCCAUUUAUCGCAUCAACGAUGACCUGGAAUACUUUGUUGAGAUAUAUGAGUGGUCUGGAACUAGCUGGGAACCCUAUGUAGCCGAUGACGUGCAAUUGCAGUUCUACAUGAUGAGCCCCUAUGUGUUGAAAACCCUAUCAAAAGAUAAGAGGGGAUUAUAUCACACAUCAUUCAAAGUUCCAGAUAUUUAUGGGGUUUUCCAGUUCAAGAUUGAGUAUCAGAGACUUGGUUAUACAAGCUUAUCUCUUGCAAAACAGAUUCCUGUGCGUCCAUACAAGCAUAACGAAUAUGAAAGAUUCAUACCAGUGGCUUUUCCUUACUACGGGGCUUCCUUUUCAACGAUGGGUGCGUUCUUUAUCUUCAGUGUUCUCUACCUCUACCAUAAGUAGAGCCUAAUACGGAUAUAAACUUAUUUUAUGUGAUGUUAUUACAUUUAGUUUAAUAAUUUUAGGGCUAUAAAAAUGGGUUUCAACUUGCAAGUGUUUGCUUCGGUUAAAGCGAAGCCCAAAUUAGCCCAAAAUUAGCCCAUUGAGUGCUCUACCUCGGCCCAAUAACCCGGACUAGGCUGAUUAGUUCUAAAUUCGAUAACAUCAGAUUGAGAAGAAGAUAACAAGAUCGGGAACUGACUCAAUCUAUUCUAUGGCGAAUGAGUCAACUAAAUUCUGGAGAGAAGGAUCAUAUUGGGCUAGUUUUGUUUAUUAGGGAAUUUUAUUCACUUUUGUUUUCUAUUUUAUUAUUUUAAUUAGCUAUAAAUAUAGAAUUAGGUUGUAUGAUGAGGUAGAGAUGAAUGAUUAAAGAAAAUUGUGGUAA